UGUUUUUCUCACUCGGUCUCCAGGUUGACAACGCUGCAGUUGAGAGAAGGAAGAAGAAGGGGAGAAAGCGUCCUGUUGAGUAGGAGCGAAGGAACGGCGAGUUUUUAGAUUUUUAGGGACCAUCUGGUAGCUCUUGCCAGUUUUAUAGCGAGGAUAUAAGCUUGCACAAACGCACGUUGUGUGAAGCAAGGUUGAAGUCGGCUAACGAUCGUAAAGUGAAGGAGAAACGAGAAACCGUUGCGUCUCGCAAACAAAAGGUUUCCGCCAUAUUAGUUUGCCGUGGUUGGACUCGAUGUGUCUUCACGGAACCUCGCUUGUUGCCGGCAGCAUGACAGCAGAUAAUGCAUAUCACAGCCCAAGGGGCGUCUCAAAACAUCGUAGUCGGGAGAAGAACAACAGAACACCGCGGAAAUCCAGCGGCAGUGGCAGGCGAAGCGGCCCAGAGCAAGACCGAGCUAGCCCUCGCCAUUCUUGUCACAACAACAACAACCAGGCCAACACCAUCACAGCGCCCAGUGCUUACAUGCCACAGCUGACCAAGCCUGACAAGCAGCUCAUCCAAGGCAGCCGUUCAGCUAGCCCAAGUGAUGAUGAUGCUUACGCAGGCGCCAAAUUCAGCGAGCCUCCCAAGCCUGCGGAUCUUCCCCGACCCCCUGUCAGUUGGGUGUCACUAAAGAGCCCCAUGCUGCACAAGGCUCCAGAUUGCUCCCAAAUGACCAAUGACCUCAAAACCAUGUUGAAAGUCUUUGGAUGAUAACUGCAGAAAAGAGAGUGUGGACUUCAAAGCUGCAGUUCGCACAUUUCCAUAGGACCAUUUACUACUAAGUGUUAAGAUUUGAAUCUGUAAAAAGGACAUGCAAGUACAACUUGUGUGUUCUUGUUUUUGACGUUGCAGUUCUGGCUCGUUGUAAAGAGCAAUUGUUGCAAUAUUUUGGGAGUUUUUCCUCCCUAAUGUGAUAGUAUAAGAUGUUGAUAUUGGCAGGAUGGGAAGGUAGAAUCGUACAUGUUAUAGUCAUGUUAAAAUUUAUAUAGGAUAAUCAUGUGUAUUGUGGAUCUUUUCCCUUAUUUUGAUACAUUCAAGCAUUUGGCCUUACGUGCUCCCAUUUGAGUGGAGAAAGAAGAAUUUCUACCUUCCUUGUUGCUACAAAGUUAGGAUGUUCUAUUGAAGAGUUAUCCCCUUACCCCUAGACUUCCCCCAAUUCCCCUGACAUUUGAUAAGUCUCUAGAAGAUACCAUGAUGGUGUGACUUCCCUUGGCAACAAAGUUCAUAAAUAGAAAGGAGUUGAUCUCCUGAUCUUGGUCACCAUAUUUUUAUAUGGCAUGUACAUAUGCUGCGGUACAAAGUGCCAAGAAAUCACCAAAUUUCUCAAGUGCUUUUGAUACAAAGUGGUGCUAGCAAUGUAUUGGCGCUUCCUGAAGAAAAGUUGUGUUUGGCAGCUCAGCUGAAGAAUCACAGCGAGCACAUAUGGUUUCUUGGUACGACAGAACUUCAUCUUAGAGUGUUUCUGGAAUUAUGAUGGUAUUUCCAUAUUAUUUUUGUGACAAUAGAGAUCAAUACAUUUUGGAUAAUGUUGCGAUGAAUUUUGGACCAAUCAAAUUUUUGUAUUUUCUCUAAGAUGAAGUUUGACUUUUAUCCAGUACAAUGUAAAUAAUUGUAUAUAAUUGAUAAAGAGAUUUUCUUUUUAGCAUGUAGCAACAGUGACCAUUUUAGUAAUCUAACUUCUUGAUUAUCACAUUUGUACAGCAUAAGGAAGCUAUUGCUCCUGUUGUCUUAUGGUACAAAUGGUGUCUUAAAUUCUUAACGAUAACAAUGAGGUAGUAACAUGAUCACUCCAAUCUGUUAGUUUAGCUUUUUAAAGUUGGAUCCUAUGCUGGUGUAGUAUAAGCUUUCAGUAGUGGUUUAGAAUGCCUUUGAAUUGAUCAUAGAUUUUAUAGAAAGUUCUAUGUGUAGAGGCAGUGACAGAUGUUUGUGGAGCAUCAAGAUGAGGUGCAGAACAUAUCCUUCUAUCUGAACUGACCUUCGUGUCUGCUGCAAGCAGAGUUUCUCAAGACUUGAAGACAUCGGUUGACAUGUUGCCAAGGAAAGUCAACACUGCUGAACUCUUGAACCCUGACUACUACCAAGACUAUGUGAAUACUCUAGGAAUCCUGGUGAUAUUUUGGACUAUCCCCAAAGACUUGGAGCUUCAGAAGUUAUCCCCACCCUCACCUUCCCUUACCCUACCCCCGGCCCUUUUAAGGGCCACC